AUGACGGGAGGAACAUCGGCCCAAUCCCUUCACAAUGUCAAUAUGACAGACGAUGACAUCCAACAGCUUCUCGCUGAAGCUGAUGAGCGACUACGAAAGAGCGAGGCAGAAACGACCGAAAGCUCGAUUACGCUCACUCCAUUAGACAAACCUCUUCCAAAUAUUCCCAAGUUAUCUGCCGAAUUGUCUCUCAAGCCCUAUCUUCGAAAACAAAAUGAACUUGCAGUCAUCGAUACCACUCAAAUGCAUGAACUUGUGCAUAAAAAAAAUGUUAUUCAGGCAACAGCGGGAGAACAAAUGAUGCCAAAGCCGUCAAAGUCGAAAAUGGAUAAACCAACUGCGGGAAGUGAUUGGUUUGAUCUACCCAAGACAGAGUUCACACCAGAGCUGAGAAGGGAUCUGCAGCUUCUUCGGAUGCGUUCCAUCUUAGACCCAAAGAGACAUUACAAGAAAGAGAGCGCGAAGGCCCAACCACCUAAGUACUCUCAGGUUGGAACCAUCAUUGAAGGCGCGACCGAAUUCUUUAGUGGACGUAUCACCAAGCGAGACAGGAAGAAGACAUUCGUCGAAGAGGCCCUUGCCGCCGAGAACUUGACCGGACGCUUCAAGACUAAAUACAAAGAUAUUCAAAGCAGCAAAACGAGCGGGAAAAAGUCCUUCUACAAAGGCUUGCAAGCUAAGAGAAAGGGUGGAGGUAGUCGACGCUGA